CCUUAAUUUUCUUUGGGUUGAAAUCAAUUCCCGAAAAAAGAUAUUAUGCGAGCAACGUACUCAGGUGCCCCUUUUUUCUUUCCAUUUUCACCGGAAAACAUAUACCACUUUCUUUAUAACCCUAAACACCCCGAUGAAGAAAACACAAAUCACUGAAGCUGAUUGCUGGUUCGUGGUCGGCGCUCAUCAAGCCGGGGCCACUGAGCAGAUGUGCUCUGAUUUGUCGGGAUUGUCGAAAUCGGCCACGCACACGAUCAUCAAAAACUUUCGAAAACAGGGAUCACCUCAUGCGGCUCAUCUCAGCGUAGCGACCAUGAUAAAAGCCAAUACAACGUUGUCUCAUGCUCCCAGUAAACGCAAGGCAGACGAAUUAAAGGGCAAUCAGCUUCCGCCUCGACCUCGAAAAAGAGGCCGACCACGGAAACCAGAGGUGGAUGAAACCAUUUUCAGUGCUUCGUUCAUACGUCAUGUUUUGUUACCCCGACGACGCACAUCCUCUCCAAUUUUGACCAACCCUUGUUCCCCUUUGGGUCAGUCCCAGGAGGCAUCGUCAAAACAGCCACCGUGUGAAGAAGAAGACGCAUUACCUCCUACACCACAAUCACUGAACACAAUGAACGACGAGGAAGAGGAUGAAGGAUACAAGAAGGAAACAUCAGAUAUGGACGAUGUAGAUUGGACGGUGGAGGAUGACAGAACGUUGAUUAUGCACAUGCUGGAGCACGGCCAUUCUAUCAAGUGGAAGGAGGUUGAAAUCAAGUUCAAAGACCGCCAUGGAGCGAAAAUGUGCAAUGAACGAUGGUUGUUGUUAAAGAAACAAAUGCUGAAGGAUAUCCCGCGGUUUAUGAAAUAAAAAGAGAAAGAGCCUUUUUGGUAUUGUGGAAUCUGA